UGCUCUGUAGGAGCAGCUGAAGGAGGCAGAGAGGAGCUGCAUUCACGCUCAUCCAGACUGAACCUUUGAACCUUUUUGUGGGAGUGGAUGAGUAAACAAAGGAAGCUUCUGCGGUGUGGAGGUGGAAGCAGCCUGGCAUUCCUGUGACCCCGCCCUGCAGCAGAAUGAGCUGGACCGGCCAUCUCUGACCAAUCCCUGACGUUCGUCUGAUCCUCACAGUUUAGUCCCAGUCACUGGAGCUGACAAAACCCGAUGGUUAAAUGAAGGUUUUUGUGGAACUCUGAGGACCUCUUUGAGGUAGGACUCAGUUGUUAAGCAUCUGUCCUGGGACGAGUUUAACACCUGGAGAAAGACGUCGAUCUCAGCAGGACGUCACCUCUGGAGCUUCUCCUCAGUUUCAGAUCUGUGAGGAACUCUUGGAUUUGAUCCUUCAGAUCACAGAAACAAUCUGACUAUCCAUCAUACCCCUAAACGUGCACAGACACAUGCUUCAGACCUCAGUCUGUGCCACGCUUCGACGUUCCCAUCAGUGGUCAUGGAGUCUAUGGCGGGAAGGAUGGCCUUAGUGACGGAUUCCCCCAGCAUGUCCAUUAGGUCCGGGACAACCGUGACGACAGAUGAGAACUCCUUUGUAAGCGCUGCCAGCCUUCCCUGCAGCCACUUCCUGUCAUCCAACGACCUCUUUGUCGUGGAGAAAUGCAUGAGCUCCAUGCAGAUGGGGACCCAGAUGGUGAAGCUCCGCGGUGGCUCCAAGGGACUGGUUCGCUUCUUCUUCCUGGACGAGCACAAGUCCUGCAUCCGUUGGAGGCCGUCCCGCAAGAACGAGAAGGCCAAGAUCUCCAUCGACUCCAUCCGUGAAGUUUGUGAGGGAAAACAGUCGGAGAUCUUCCAGCGGUACGCGGAGGGCAGCUUCGACCCCAACUGCUGCUUCAGCCUCUACUAUGGGGAACACAUGGAGUCUCUGGACCUGGUUUCUGGCUCCGGAGAGGACGCCCGGACGUGGAUAACCGGCCUGAAAUACCUGAUGGCUGGCAUCAGCGAUGAGGACAGUCUGGCCAAGAGGCAGCGCACCCGCGACCAGUGGUUGAAGCAGACCUUUGCUGAGGCGGAUAAGAAUGGCGACGGCAGUCUGAGCAUCAGCGAGGUUCUCCAGCUUCUCCACAAACUCAAUGUGAACCUGCCCCGGCAGAAGGUCAAGCAGAUGUUCAAGGAGGCGGACACUGACGACAAUCAGGGAACGCUGGGCUUUGAGGAGUUCUGCUCCUUCUACAAGAUGAUGUCCACCCGCAGAGACCUGUACCUGCUCAUGCUCACCUACAGCAACCACAAAGACCACAUGGACACGGACGACCUGACCCGCUUCCUGGAGCACGAGCAGAAGAUGAUCAAGGUGACGAAGGACCACUGCCUGGAGGUCAUCAACAAGUUUGAGCCGUGCUCAGAGAACCAGAAGCAGGGGGUUCUGGGAAUCGAUGGUUUUACAAACUACAUGCGCAGUCCAGCCGGGGACAUCUUCAACCCCGAACACUACAGCGUGAACCAGAACAUGACGCAGCCGCUCUGUAACUACUUCAUCGCCUCCUCGCACAACACCUACCUGAUGGGCGACCAGCUGAUGUCGCAGUCGCGGGUGGACAUGUACGCCUGGGUGCUGCAGGCUGGCUGCCGCUGUGUGGAAGUCGACUGCUGGGACGGUCAGGACGGGGAACCCAUCGUCCAUCACGGCUACACGCUCACCUCCAAGAUCCUCUUCAGAGACGUGGUGGAGACCAUCAACAAAUACGCCUUCAUCAAGAACGAUUACCCGGUCAUCCUCUCCAUCGAGAACCACUGCAGCGUUCCUCAGCAGAAGAAGAUGGCGCAGUACCUGACGGAGAUCCUCGGGGACAAGCUGGACGUCUCCAGCGUGAAGGUGGAUGAGUCUGGACGUCUGCCGUCCCCCGAGGCCUUGAGGGGGAAGAUCCUGGUGAAGGGGAAGAAACUGCCCCCCAACAUCGAUGAGAACGCUGAGGAGGGGGACGUGUCUGACGAAGACAGCGCCGAUGAGAUGGAGGACGACUGCAAGCUGAUGAACGGAGAUUGGAAGACCACGGCCAACAGGAAGCAGGUGGAGAACAUGGCCAAGAGGAAGCUGGACAGCCUGAUGAAGGAGUCCAAGAUCAGAGACCGCGAGGACCCGGACAGCUUCACCAUCGCAGCGCUGCCACCUGCUGGCAAGCCUGCAGAAGGCAGAGGCAGCAAAGGUAAAGGCGACGAUGGCGCCGACACGGCAGACGAGCCUCCUGCCAGCAGCAGCAAGCGCUCCGGCCGCUCGUUCAUCGGGAGCUUCUCCAAGCGUAAGAAGAAGGCCUCCAAGCUGAAGAAGACGUCCAGCUUUGAAGACACGGACACGGACCAGGAGAGCAGCAGUGCAUCGCGACUCCCCCCGUCCCACAGCAAGAAGAAGAAGACCAUGAAGCUCUCCAGAGCUCUGUCCGACCUGGUCAAGUACACGCGCUCCGUGGGCCUGUACGACGUGGAGGCUCAGGCGGGCUGCAGCUGGCAGGUCUCAUCGCUGAGCGAGACCAAAGCCCACCAGGUGAUGCAGCAGAAAGCUGCGUCCUUCACCCUCUUCAACCAACGCCAGCUGUCCCGCAUCUACCCCUCCUCGUACCGCGUGGACUCCUCCAACUUCAACCCGCAGCCUUUCUGGAACGCCGGCUGCCAGCUGGUCGCACUCAACUACCAGUCUGAGGGUCGCGUCCUGCAGCUCAACAGAGCCAAGUUCUACAGCAACGGCAACUGUGGAUACAUCCUGAAGCCGGCCUGCAUGUGUGAAGGUGCCUUCAACCCCAACCUGGAGGACCCCGUACCGGGACGCAUGAAGAAGCAGCUGGUGCUGAAGGUCAUCAGCGGACAGCAGCUGCCCAAACCCAAAGACUCCAUGCUGGGAGACAGAGGAGAGAUCAUCGACCCCUUCGUGGAGGUGGAGAUCAUCGGCCUGCCGGUCGACUGUUGCAAAGAGCAGACCAGAGUGGUGGAUGACAACGGGUUCAACCCCAUGUGGGAGGAGACUCUGGUGUUCACGGUGCACAUGCCCGAGCUGGCUCUGGUGCGGUUCCUGGUGUGGGACCACGACCCCAUCGGGCAGGACUUCAUCGGGCAGCGCACCAUCUCCUUCAACAGCAUGAUGCCGGGUUACCGCCACGUGUACCUGGAGGGCAUGGAGGAGGCCUCCAUCUUUGUUCAUGUGGCUGUGAAUGACAUCAGCGGUAAGGCACGGGCGGCCGGCGGCAUCAAAGGUCUGUUUCACAGAAACCCAAAGCAGUCUUCCCUGGACAGCCAUGCUGCUGUACAGCACGGUCGUAAGCACCCGUUCGCCGCCCACCUCCUGCGGCGCACGGCCAGCGCCCCCACCAGGGGGCAGCCCAAACUCCGGAAGGGCUGUCCAGAGAUGGACGCCAAAGACUGCAGCUCCGAGGGCGCCAGCGAGGAGCGGGACAGCGAGGAAAAGGCCCCCGCCGCCACCUCCUUCCAGUUCACACCCCCACAGCACCGCAACGGGGAAUCCCAGAGCCCUCCGCGGAGGAAAGGCAGCUGGGAGCACCCCGGCUCAAACGGAGCCUUCUGCCCCGAGGGGGGUAAAGGCUGCUCCUUGCCUCAGAGUCCGGCCCCCCCUCCUGCACCCCCCGGACCGGACCACCUCACAGCUACCGGGCCUUCAGCAGAGACCACACACGACCCUCAGACCCCCCAGACGAACCGCGUCUCUUCAUCCACCGGGAAGGAUCGGCCCCGCCUGCAUGAGAAAGGAACCCUGCUGGAAACCCAACAUGCUGAAGCAGACUUGGGGCCCCCCCAUCCCGCGCUGCCGCAGGGAACCCCCACCGCCCACGCCGCCCCUCUGACCCACACCAGGAGGGCUCUGUUCACCGACCUGCCGGGACACACGCCGAUGAGGCGAGCAAAGAGCGAGGGCCACGUCCGGGCCCCCCCCGCCCCAGCCGGCCAGGUCCAGUCGGUGGUUCCGGAAGUUUCCACCAACGCCACCGCCAACGACCGGCUGUGGAGCAAGCUGGAGCCCGGCAGCCACCGGGACAGCAUGUCCUCGUCCUCCAGCAUCUCCUCCAACGACACCGUCAUUGACCUGUCGCUGCCCAACCUGGUCAGGAGGCGCCACGCGGCCCCCCCCAGCCCCACAGAGCCCCCCUGGAUCAACUACCGCCUCUCUGCUCUGGUCUGCUAUGAGCUCCCCAGAGUGAGCAAGAGCAAGUCCAACCCGAACCUGCAGCAGAGUGGCGGCUCCGCCCCCGAGGAGGGCCAGGAUGCCCCGCAGGACUCCCUGGGCGGGCUGGGGGGGAGGAGGCACACCUGGAGCCGACUCUACAUGGAGGGGCUCAAGAAGUCAUCGGGGAGGGGGCCGUCCUCCACAGCUGCACCGUCCAUGUCCAAAAGCCUGGGGGACCUGACCUCUGAUGACAUCUCCUGCAACUUCGACAGCAAGUACCGCAGCAUCAACCGCAGCUUCGUGGUCCGCUCCAGCAGGGACCAGCUCCGCAGAGCGGGUCCGACCCGGCUGGCGCAGCAGAGCAACCUCACAGAGCAGCUGCGGAGGCUCACCGAUGUGGAGCCGCUGACCGCCCGGGACUUCCACCAGCAGGAGGACGCCGUGGACGAAGGUCUGGUGAGGCGCACGUCCUCCAGGAGCCAGAGCCGCGUGCGCUACAUCGCCAACCGGGCCAAGAAGGCCCAGGAGCGGCAGAGGCUGCAGGGCCUGCUGCAAGGCCGGAGCGCCAGCUUCAGCCUCCCCGUGAGCCCCAUCGAGGAGAGGGGGAACCCCGAGGGGGCGUGCUGUGUGGCCCGCAGCCCCUGCAGGGACACGCCGGGUCAGCUCUAUAGCGCAGACGCGCCCUCCCCAGCACAGACCGAGCCUGCAAACGCUGACGUCUUUUUCAGGCUCAAACUCUAAGAUCUUCAGAAGUCGAGAGGAAAGCGGAGAUUCUACAGAACCCUGGUUCCUGCAGAACAUUGGUUCUUGCAGAACCCCGGUUAUUCCACAACCACGGUUCCUGCAGAACCCCGGUACCUGCAGAACCCCGGUUACUCCACAACCCCGGUACCUGCAGAACCCCGGUUCCUGGAGAGGUCUGCUUCCUGUUUGCAUCCAAAGACAUUUUCUGCAUUAUGAGCAAUGAACUCGUGAGGAGACGUCAGCAUCUCGUGACUGGAGUUCUGGCCCAAACAAGUUGUGAAUGUAGGUCCUGAGUGUGCUCCGAACCCCCACACAGACUGAGGCGUCUCCAGGAGCGCCCCCGCCCCCCGUUCGCCCGGACAGGAAGCAGCUGCUCUGUGGUCUCCAGGGAGAGCUGCUGGGCUGAGUGUUCAGCAGCGUCCGCUAGUUUACGACUAGGAUUCAAACGAUAGUUUUAUUUAAUGAACCUGUAAUGUUGUGCUUUUAACUGUGGUAAACUAGAUUUAAGCCAAGAUGUUAUCAAUCCAUCCACAAGCAAUAUCUGCAGAUCACAGCCCACGAUUGAAGCUGAAUGUUCUGCUGGAGCUGCUGAGGUCCAGAGAACCGCAUGCCUUCUCUACACUGAAACCACGAGCUCUGCGUCCGUUUACAACGUUUUUAUAUGAAGAUUUGAUAUUCUGAGUGUUUCGUCUGGGGGGGAGGGGGCUUCGUGUUGCAGCCCCCUCCCCCGCCAUCCCUCAUCGUGCUACUAAGACCAGAUGAUCCGCUGUACUGUCACCCCGCCGUCCUGAUCCUUUCUGCUAAAUUUUAAGGACAAUUUUGCAUUCAAACAAUGUGUAAUUAAGAGCUGAAUAAAUCUGAAGUCUAUAUGAA